UACGCGCAAAGUCGAGAACAAUCGAUCUCAAGAUUAACAGACUCACCGAGGCGCAGCAUCAAUGCGAUGUCGGGUUGGACCAAGGGCUACAGGUAUGAGAAGUAUGGCUCUCCGUUGCACUUCUUUCUCAGCAGCGCCCGCGAGCGAGCGCAGACCUUAACAUUCCAUCUUUCCAAACAGCCUCUUCGCUUUCCUGAGCAGAAGUGAAGCAGCGAAAGCGUCGCUGUCUCUGAUCGCUAUCGGACCUAUCGAUUGGUACCGUUCAAAACUCUGACGCAUUUCUUCCACUCAAUGUCUAGGACUUUUGUACCUAUACACUGGUAGAGGGUAUCGUGUUGCCAGCCAUCUUCGGUUUUGCUAACGACCAGGUUCUACGGAAGACCACUAUGUCGACACAAUCAUAGGCAAUUGAGCGCCGCACAACCUGUCACAGCUAAAGUCUGCACUUGGAUUGUGAGACGCGCGACGGGGUGGUUCUGGCAUGCAAGCGAAGCGUGCGGGGAUGCAAGUUCUUGGUAAAGAACAUGCAGCAGUGGAGGACAGUGACGAGCAGGGCAAGCACCACUUGGAAACCGCUCACGGUUACAACAUACCUCACAUGCGCAGCGGCGCAGACAGUAGCAGCACCGCUCAAAGCUGUGGCAAGGCAGACAUUGCGACAUUGAGUAGCGAGGUGGAGUACCGCAAACUUGACUUCAUCGUGCCGCGCGAGGAUGCGAUGUACCGGGUCACGGCAUGCGGACAGGAUCGACGAGAUAUAUUCAGCAAGCGCGCCUUGCAUCCGCUGCACUUUGGGAUAUGGUACAUGCCUAGGGAGUCCACACAAAGCGCGCGAUUGAGUACGGGUUGGCCUCUAGUUUCACAAUGCUGCGGCAUCGUUGGAAGAUGCACAUAUACGACCUUCAUGCUGACUCUGGUCAGUAUGCGACGGUGCGCAAAGGAACGGCUUCGUACCGACGACAGCAGCAGGCAGAAAUCACUGGCAUCCUUCAUUCUGUGCAAAGCACGAUACACCGCGAAGUCUUUCUGCUGUCGACGAUGCACAGCUAACUGAGCCUCUUGCGCCACUCAGCGGGCUCGUUGCCAAUACUGGCGGCUAGCACAAUGUCACAGACAACUGUAAGGUCGUACCUCUCGCCAAGGCUGGCCUGGUAUCACCGGAUAUGCUUCACCCAAAUGAUCGACUAAUGGCUAGCAUGCCUCGAGCAAGAUCUCCGUCUUGCGGCUCUUCACGUCGCUGGACACGAGGCUCUAUACAUUCGCGCGUGGUUGGCGGAACGUCAGAAGCCGUAAUGUGAGUGUGGAGACAACAGCAGCGAAUCAGUUGCGGAGCUGUGAAGCUGUAUGAGUGAUAUCUACUUGCGAGAUGAGACGUCCAUGCUAUCAGCGGACUUUCUCCUAGCGUGCAGACCAGGCAGUCAUACGUGUUUGUAAAGAUAUCACAACUCCAGCGUUGUCAGUUGUAGCGCGACAAGCAAUGAUACAACAGGAAUAAACUGUGCUUGGCCUGCAAGACUGUAGCGUACCACGUGAUCGGGUUACCUGAAUAGG